UGGUCGCUACGUGAUUUGACAGAUGCCUACACAAUGGAACAUCAGAUAGGGGAAGGUGUCUACGGCAAGGUGCACAGAGCACGCGACGUUGUGACAAAUGAAGAGGUCGCAUUGAAAAAAGUCAAAACUGACCUGACAAUGGAGAAAGAAGGAUUUCCGAUUACAGCCCUGCGAGAGAUCCAAAUACUGAAAGAAUUGGCACAUAACAAUAUUGUUGCGCUGGGAGAUGCGGAUAAAUCGGUGUACCUCGCAUUUGAGUAUCUCGAACAUGAUCUGGGUGGAUUGAUUGAAUCACAAGGCAUCGAGCUAACGGAAGACCACGUCGGCUGCUAUGUGAAACAGCUAGUAAGUGGUGCAGCGUACAUACACUCUCUUAAUGUACUCCAUAGAGACAUCAAAGCCAGCAACCUCCUCAUAUCCAGCGAUGGUCACUUGAAGAUUGGAGACUGGGGUCUUGCUAGGCUCCAAGCCGACAACGACGGAAAACAGUAUUACACAAACAGAGUCAUUACCCUCUGGUAUAGGCCUCCAGAGCUUUUGUUGGGUUCAACCAAGUCAGCUGACGGGUACGGCACCAGUGCUGACGUCUGGUCUAUUGGCUGCAUCCUUGCUGAGCUCCUUUACGCCAAGCCGAUCCUCCCGGGUAACACAGAGAUUGAGCAACUCGCCCUCAUCUUUGAACUAUGCGGAACCCCGACAGUGGAAGAUUGGCCAAAUGUUCUAGGAGCAGAAAAAUUGUUCAUGACAGUGUCUCAUUCACUAUGUCAAACAUUACAAAUGCGAAGGCGCAAGCUCCGAGACAAGUUUGAUUCCUUUGAGAGAACAGCCCUCGACCUUGUCGAUGAAAUAUUGGUAUACGAUCCUCAAAAGCGCAUAUCUGCUCACAGCGCACUCGAUCGAGCCUACCUC